AUGGAUGCUAUGGCCUUGGUGCAGAAAUACGGUAAACCAGACAUCUUCCUCACCAUGACCUACAACCCCAACUGGGAAGAAAUACUUAGGGAGCUUGAACCUGGCCAGACACCACAAGACCGUCCUGAUCUUGUUGUGCGAGUAUUUAAAGCCAAAUUAGAUGAUCUCAAGUUUCAGCUCUUCCAUAAUCAUAUCCUUGGUGUUGUUGCGGCGCAUGUCCAUGUCAUUGAGUUUCAGAAAAGGGGUCUACCGCAUGUAUACUUCCUCCUUAUCAUGAAGUCAGGCUAUAAGCUUACAUGUCCAGAACAGUACAACACUGUCAUUUCUGCAGAGCUUCCAACCAAGGAAAGGUAUCAUGAGCUUCAUGAAAUGGUUGUCAAACACAUGAUGCAUGGUCCUUGUGGUUUGUUAAAUCCUGGUAAUGUAUGUAUGAAGAAUCAAAAUCACACAUGCAAGAGCUAUUAUCCACGCCAGUUUACUGAAACAACUCUCCAAGGCAAGGACUCUUACCCCAUCUACAGAAGACGGGAUGAUGGGCAGAAGGUACAUGUAAGAGGGCAUGUCUUGGACAACAGAUGGGUUGUGCCUUAUAAUCCUAAGCUACUAAGGAGGUAUGACUGCCAUAUCAACGCCGAGGUUUGCUCAAGCAUUAAGGCUGUCAAGUACCUUUACAAAUACAUCUACAAGGGUCAUGACAGGGCAUCUGUUUCUAUCAGUGAUGCCGAUGGCAAUCAUGAGAUUAAUGAGAUCGAUGAUUACAGAGAAGCUAGAUGGGUAGCCCCACAGGAGGCACUGUGGAGAAUCUUUGCCUUCGAUCUUAGUGGGAUCUCCCCCCCAGUGCUCCAGCUGCAACUUCAUCUCCCUGGCAUGCAUCUCGUGUCCUACAGGGAUAACGCGGAUGUACGUCAGUUUUUGGACCAACAAGGUGCCUCUAAGACCAUGUUAACUGGGUAUUUUAAGGCGAAUUGUGAGUUCCCGUGGGCACGGAGCAUACUAUAUAGGGAAGUCCCAGAAAAUGCAGUUUGGAACCCUACAUUAAAGAAAUGGAAGAAGAGAAAACAACGCACACAGGUUGGAAGGAUCAUCUCAGCGCAUCCUGCAGAGGGAGAAAGAUACUAUCUAAGGGUACUACUAAACCAUGUGGCAGGUGCUACUUCAUAUGAAAAUCUAAGGACAUUUGAUGGUGUUGUCUACCCUACCUUCCGUGAAGCUGCCGAGAAAAGAGGUAUUAUUGAGUCAGACAAUAACAUCGAUGAUUGCUUAACAGAGGCUGAAAUAUUCCAUAUGCCAUCAUCUCUCCGCAGGUUGUUUGCCACAAUAUUGGUUUUCUGUGAACCCAACAAUGUCCGUGGGAUAUGGAACAAGCACCUAGAGGCAAUGUCCGAUGACUUCCGACGAGACCAAAUGAACUCACAUGUAGUUGAACAAAUGGUUCUGUUGGAUAUUAGAAAUAUGCUAUAG